UUUGAUUGAGAAGAAGGAAGAAGUCCAUCGGAUCCAUCGAUUCGUCACCGCAGUGACUUUAUUCGAUGAUCAUCAAAACCGCAACUUGAAAUAUUCUGAGGUGCUGCUAAAGACAAGCCGUCGGACGACGAAUACUUCAUUAUUCGUUCUCGGUCCUCGGUUUUAGCGAAAAGAAAAUCAAAGAAAAAUUGUUUGUGUUGCGUUUUUUAGUAAAUUUCCAAGGAUGAUCUCUGCAUGGAAAGCAUGUUGCAACCGAGUACCGCAACGAUGGGUGUUCGCUAUUAUGGGAGUUUUAGCUGUCUUGAAUGCGUAUAGCAUGAGAGUUUGUCUCUCGAUCGCAAUUACGGAAAUGACCAUACCACAUAAUAAAACUAGUAACACAGAUGAUAACACCUGUCCGAUAUUACCGGACGACACUGGUCGAGAUGAAGAAAAAAUAAUUAAUUCAAAGCGGUACGACUGGGACGUAGACACAACGGGCACCAUUCUCUCGUCCUUUUACUGGGGCUACAUCAUCACGCAUCUACCAGGCGGAAUACUGGCCGAAAAGUUUGGCGGCAAAUACUCGCUCGGUCUUGGAAUACUGUCAACUGCAAUAUUCACACUACUGACACCGAUAGCGGUUGAAUGGGGCGAGACGACUGCUUUGAUCGUUCUGCGCAUUCUUAUGGGUCUAGGCGAGGGUACGACCUUCCCGGCAUUGAACGCCAUGCUAGCACAGUGGACGCCGCCAGAGGAGAGGUCGUUAAUCGGCUCGCUGGUGUUUGCCGGCGCUCUGCUUGGCACGGUAUUCGGCACCUUGGUGUCCGGUUAUAUCCUUCAUUACUACUCCUGGCCGGCUGUAUUCUAUGUAUUCGGUGUAUUAGGUGUGCUCUGGUUCAUCGUGUGGGUUUUGACGUGCUACAACAAUCCGUACGAACACCCCUUUAUCUCUAAACAGGAAGUAAAGUACUUGCACGAACGUAUGAGUAAGCACACCCAUAAGAAACCACCACCAGUACCCUGGCGGCACAUAUUGAAGUCAGUGCCACUUUGGGCACUGGUCGCCGCCCAAGUUGGUCACGACUGGGGCUUUUUCACCAUGGUAAACGACUUGCCCACAUAUAUGAGCAGCGUGCUCCAUUAUUCUAUCAGGAACAACGGCCUGUACUCGUCGUUACCAUAUCUCACAAUGUGGCUCAGCAGUUUGCUAACAUCCUGGUUAGCCGACUGGAUAAUUACCAAAGAUGUCAUGUCGCGCACUAAUGUACGAAAGCUUGGCACGACAAUUGCUUCCUUAGGUCCAGGUGCCUUUAUCAUUGCUGCCUCGUACAGUAAGUGUGACAGAACAUUAGUCGUCAUCAUGUUCACCAUCGGCAUGACUUUAAUGGGCACUUUUUAUCCGGGAAUGAAAGUCAAUGGAUUGGAUCUUAGUCCUAAUUACUCCGGCUCCUUAAUGGCAAUGGUCAAUGGAAUUGGCGCCAUUAGCGGUAUCAUAACGCCAAAAAUUGUCUCUACGCUUACUCCCAACGAAACUCUGAGCCAAUGGCAACUUGUCUUUUGGAUCGUCUUCGGUGUCUUCGUCGUGACGAAUCUGAUCUUCAUUCUGUUCGCCAGUGGCGAGGUUCAGGACUGGAAUGACCCCGAGUUCGUUAUACGAGACCGGGAAAAACGAUGGGGCAAAGCGGAAAGUGAGAAAUCAAAUCAAACCGUGACAUAACGAUCUUUCGUCGUUAUUUUUUUAUAUAUUUUAAUAAUUGCAGCUUGUAUAUGUUAUAUCGAUCAUCAUAGCAAUCUUACAUCUAAUGCAUUUGUUAUUUUUUCGACCAUCAAACGAAGUGCGAUAAUAAUCGACACAUGGUAUUAUUACAAGCAAAUUUUUACGAGCAUUAGUACUCCAUGUACAUAUUCGCGAAACUUACAAGUGCACCUGGCGCUUCCAAAGAAAUAACGACUGCGCGGACUAUUUAUAAUGUUUUUUGUAAAUAUUAUGUGUAUUAUACAAAUUACUAUUAAGUGUUUACUUAAUUGUUGCGCCAAUAUACCAUUAUCAUUAUCGUGAACAAAAUAAAAAUGGAAUAGAAUACUCGAUUUCUGUGUUACUUAAGAAUUUUAUUAUA